CUAAUUUAUUGUAUUAAGUGUAAACAAAAAAAAUCGAAAACCAUUAACACCAACUAGCUUUCAAAAUACAAGUGCUGUCAAAGAUCAACUGUCAAAGUGAACUGUCAUGUCAUGUCAUGUCAGAAUUUCUCUUUUCAGUCUCAAAUCAUCGAUUUGGUUUAGCGGCCGAAUCUCAUGCAGUGAAUCUCACAACGUUUUAUAUAAAUACAAUAAAUAAUCUUAGUAAGUGAUGAAUGUGCGAGGUUCCGAAUGUAAAUAGAUUAAGGCACAAAUAAGCUUGAAAUGGGUUGGUAAACCUGAGUUCAUACUAUGCAAAAUUACCUAUUUGUGUUUGUUAUACAUCAAUAAAUUAAAGGAUUAGUUAGUGCCGUGGAGUCGAUUACCUGAAUUAUUAAUAUGGCGCUGCUCCCCAAACGGUGGCACCGCUCGCGGCGGAACGCGGCCAUGGCGAUCAUUGUCGCGUCCCUGUUCGCGCUGUACUACAUAUACUCACCCACUGUUAUCACUGAAAAGGACCUGGAUAUUACUAGGAGUGUUGUAGAUCUAAAUACUCCUAGUGUAACCACUCUUCGUACACCGCCUCGUAAGGUCGUUAUCUCAAGGGAGCAGCCCAGCGCUGUCAAAGAACUAAAAGAUGUCAAAAGCAGAGCCGCCAUAAUAGACCGUUGCGGUCUUCACCCGUACCCUGGGCAGGGGGCCGCGUUAUACCCCGCAGCACUGGGUCCCCGUUCGAACUUCGCCACCUUCUCGACCCGGCCUACUGAGAGGAGGAGGUGCCCACCCCCGCGACUGGGACGCGCCGAACGAGAAUUGCUCAAAUGGUACAUAGAGAACAAGUUGCAAGAGGCCCUGAAACUGGACAAGGGCAUGGGCUGCGAGAUCCCGGAGCUGGACCCUUUUUCUAGGGAGGUCACACAGUUCGACAAGGAGUUACCGAAGAUCAAGUGCGAAGGGCAGGACUGGGUCAAAUGCUACCACUCCAAAUGCCGAGUAAUAGACGGCGUAAAAGACCACCACAAAGACAUAACGUGUACAUUCAGGGACAUUCUGCACCAUACCGAUCGGCAAUACACCAUCGGCCCCCCUACGCAGGUGGGGGGGGAUGACGUGUACGAGUUGAAGGAGAGCGACCAUGUUAAAGUAGCGUGUGUUGGGAGGAGGAAAGAUGACAACAAGAAAGCGGAUUGGUCGGGCAACACACUCGGGUUCCGCCCCGUCCCGCCGCUGCCGUCCCCCGCGGGCCGGGAGGACUCCUUCAACGUCGUCAUAUUUGGCUUCGACACGACGGCCAGAAAUGGCUUCAUCAGGCGGAUGAAGAAAAGCUGGCAGGCGUUGAAGGAUCUAGGAUUUACUGUUAUGGAGGGAUACAACAUCAUAGGAGACGGGACGCCCGCGGCCCUGUUCCCGAUCCUCACGGGCAAGAACGAGCUGGAACUACCCGACGUUAGAAAGAGCAAGCACAAUAAUGGCAGCCUGGACUCCUUCCCUUUCAUAUUCUACAAGUUGAAGCAGGACGGGUACCGCACAGCGUACUUCGAGGACAUGCCCAACAUCGGUACCUUCCAGUACCGCUUCAACGGCUUCCGCCGCCAGCCCGCCGACCACUACCUGCGCUCCUUCUACCUGGAGGACCUCGUCGCCCGGCCCUCCCCCUCGCACUGGUGGAAGGGGAAGAAGUCCUACUACUGUCUGGGGGACACGCCACAGUUUAAAGUCAUGAUAAACAUCACUGAGCAGUUCCUGGAGUUGGGCGGUAAGCGUUUCAUCUUCACGUUUAUCGCCGAUAUCACGCACGACGACUUCAACCUUAUCAAGAACGCCGACGACGACACCGCCGCGUUCCUGCACAGCCUCAUGUCCAGGGCCGAAGAUACGCUUAUAGUUGUCAUGGGAGACCACGGACCCAGGUACGCGAACGUCCGCGACACGCUGCAGGGCAAGCUGGAGGAGCGCCUCCCCCUGCUGGCGGUGCGCCUCCCCGCGCGCCUGGCCCGCGCGCGCCCGCACGCGCAGCGCGCCCUGCAGCACAACGCGCGCGCGCUCACCACGCCGCACGACCUGCACAGCACCAUACUGGACGUGCUGGAUAUGAGGCAGCAUUGGAACCCCUAUAAAGUGCGAGGGGCGGAUUACACUAGGGCGCUGACCAUGUUGGAACCGAUCCCUCGCAACCGCUCUUGUAGCGAGGCAGGCAUCGAGCCGCACUGGUGCGCUUGCCUCGCGUGGCAAAACGUGUCUACAGACGACCCGUUCUUCGAGAAGACUGCGCAAGCGCUCCUUGACUACAUCAACUCGCUCGUCGCCACAGUCGGGGACCUCUGCGUCCCCCGCACGCUGACGUCGACGGCGUGGGUGCUGCGCCAGCGCGCCAACAGCCGCCUGCUGGCGUUCAAGAACGCGCGCGACGCCGACGGUUAUGUUGGCCACUUUGACGCCAAAACCAAAGUUGCCAACGAGAAUUAUCAAGUCAAGAUAGCAGUGGGCCCCGGGCACGGCAUCUACGAGGCGUCGAUGACGUAUCUGGUCAACGAGGACAAGUUCAUGAUACACACGAGGGACAUAUCGAGAACUAACGCUUACAGGAGCGAGCCGGACUGCAUCAGCAAGACGCACCCGCACUUGAACCCGUACUGCUAUUGCCGCUGACACCCGCCUAUAGAGCGGGAGAUACUUUAGUACCAUUUCGUAACUUUAGGUAACUGGUUACGAAAUGGAAACAAACCCAGUUCGUAACUAUUGUCAUCAGCCAAUAGGACGGGAGAUAGUAUAGUACCAUUUCGUAACUUUAGGUAACUGGUUACGAAUCGGGAGCUAACCCAGUUCGUAACUAUUGUCAUCAGCCAAUAUGACUGGACAUAGAGUGGUCCUAUUUCGUAACUUUUUGUAACUGGUUACGAAUCGGGAGCUAACCAAGUUUGUAACUCUUGUCAUCAGCCAAUACAGUAUGUAUAUUAAUUAAAACCAUUUACUCAAACCCGUUAAUGUUUAGGUCAUAAUGAGUAAUUUUUACUAUAGGAUCAACCCCGAAUUCACGAAGUAAAAUUAGGCUAUUUCGUACAUAGGAGAGUCAAGUUAUAUUUUUCGCAAAUUCGGGUUUGGCUCCAUACAAGUGGCUCAGUAUGACCAAAGAGAAUUCUAAACAGAGGUAGUGUCAAAGAAAACUUUGUAGCCACAGUAAAUUUACUGCCAUCUUUCGACACAUGAUUAAAACUUUUAGAACGCCAUUUGACUUUGAUCCUUAUUCUUUCACUGAUAUGUGUUAAAUUUGUUAAAUAUCAAAAAGUGGCGCCAUCUAAUAGAUCGAAACGUCAAAGCUAUGGCUAAAGCUACGCCACAACCUUUGGCCUAUGCCCGGUAAGAUGGCGCCACUUUUUGAUAUUUAACAAAUUUAAUAUAUAUCAGUGAAAGAAUAAGGAUCAAAGUCAAAUGGCGUUCUAAAAGUUUUAAUCAUGUGUCGAAAGAUGGUAGUAAAUUUACUGUGGCUACAAAGUUUUCUUUGAUAAUCCACCUCUAUAGGGAGCGUGCAUGAACUGUAGGAGGCAGCACAGGAGCCGUCAGAUUUUUGGCGCGAGGCGUAAAUGUGAUGUUUAUUGUUCCGAUGUAGCCCACAAGAUGGCAGCACCUACUAUGCACAAGAAAACACGUGACAUGUAAAUGUGCAUGUUUAUGGUUCCGAUUCAGGCCACAAGAUGGCAGACCCUCCAACGCGCACGGUCCCUAUUUCAAAUUCUCUUAGAUACGACCUAAAUAUUAACGGGUUUGAGCAAAUGGUUUUAGUUAAUAUACAUACAAAUAAUGAUGGGAGAUAAUGUAGUCCCAUUUCGUAAUCUUUGGUGCUAGUUUCGCCGCCAAAGUUAACGCACACAACAUGUUAUCUAAUGAUAGUCAAAUUUUAAAAUAAGAACACAAAUAUCAAAAUAGUAGUUUAUUUGACUGCUACAUAAUGACAGGCAUUAAAAUACGAGUGUGGGAUUAUGAAACGAAUGAAACGAGUUUCAUAAAAGGAUCACACGAGUAUUUUAAUGCCUAAUUAUGUACAGUUACAUACACAGCUUUAUCUACAUCAAUAUCAUAAGCUUCAACAUAAUAAAGUGAUUUUAUACUUACAAACUAAUUAAAAUACGGAAGGUGGAGGUAAGGAAAUAAAUGUCCAUGUACCAAAAAGUAUCAUCAAAAAACCUUAAAUAGGUGGCGCUACAAUACCUAGAGUACUUGAACAAAAAAUUCAAAUCAUAGACAGCGCACUUCACUCCGUCAAUAACGCCUAGGUUCUUAGCUACUCUAGCGCUACUCUGGAGAGAUUUGGAACUAUUAUUUAUAGCUGACAGCUGGACAUUUUUGCAACAGUUCUACCAUAAGAGAUGUCACUCCUGUUAAUUCCAAACUCCAUAAAUUAAAAGACAAAUUAAACGUCAAAUGGCGGUAAUGCAAAGUUUUACGUGCAUGUCACGCAUCCGCUGUUUUUUUUAUUCAGACAUACUAGAGUCGGGGCUGAUUGCCAUGUCGAUCGAUAUCAAGAAACAUGAGAAAUUUGCCAUUUUUUUUUUGUAACUGACGCUUAAUUUCGAAUAAAACGUCAUCUCGACUGAUAUAGGGAGCGUGCAUGAACUGUAGGAGGCAGCACAGGAGCCGUCAGAUUUUUGGCGCGAGGCGUAAAUGUGAUGUUUAUUGUUCCGAUGUAGCCCACAAGAUGGCAGCACCUACUAUGCACAAGAAAACACGUGACGUGUACAUGUGCAUGUUUAUGGUUCCGAUUCAGGCCACAAGAUGGCAGACCCUCCAACGCGCACGGUCCCUAUUAGAAUAGAGACCAAAUCAAAUUUCUUUCUUAGGGAUGUUCUAAAUUUGAAUGUAAUUAAAGGUAUCAACGAUGCACCUACAGAUACAGUAGGGCUAAGAUGGUCGGCUCUUUAUCAUUUGUCACCAUGCCUGUCACGUUCUAACAAGUAUGUAAGUGCGAAAGUGACGGGCAUAGUGACAAGUGAUAAAAAUGGAACCAUGAUGCCGCCGCAGGUUUGUUAAUAUAGACAGUGAGUUUAUCGUUUCUGCAUAUACAAGGUGCCCGUGAGCAUUGCGAGAUAUUUUAACGGUGCAUUCAUGAUGGGAACAGAAGCAAAAAAUGUUAUAUUACUUUUUGUGACAUUCGACAAAAAAAACAAUUUGUUUUUGUUUUUUUUUUUUCCCUUUUUUGAACCCAUAAAACAUAAAACGUAAUUUUUAUUGAUAAACACAUAACCUAAAAUUAACUAAAAAGUUUUUUUUUAUUUGGGGGUAGCCUCUAGAAUACAUUUUUUUUAAUUUUCCGAUGUCAAUCAUUAGGUAUGUCCUCAGACUAGACCUCAAAGUGGCAAUACCGCAGUCAAAAAUGUGUUUAAUACCGACUUACGGCGAAAGAAUGAUUUCGAAAAACAUUUAAUUAUCUCUGAAACUAGGUAUAAUCCAGAAAAUUUUAUAUGACAUUUUAGUUUCUAAAUAUUACCAGGAAUGCUUAGUUCAAAUGUCUCGCAAUCCUCACGGGCACCUUGUAUUAUAGGAAGGUUAUGAUAUAGAUGUAGAUAAAUUAAUAUUUAUUAAUUUUCUAGGUAUGUUAACAUAGGUCUUAUUAACGAAGCUUGUACAGUCGCCAUCACAUAUAUCGGAGCGAUCAAGGCGCUCACAAAUAUCUGAACACGCCUCUAUUAUCAGUGCGUGUUCAGAUAUUUUUGAGCACCUCGGCCGCUCCGAUAUAUAUGGCGAAAGCACUCGAUCUAAAACCUUAUUGGAUUUUCUUUAUGUUUUUAUUUAAAUAUUCACGUGUUUUAUUUGGCCAGUAUGUUAAUUAUGUGUUCAAAAGUGUAGGCAUAAAGUUUCAAAAAUAUCUCGGGAAAUUAACAUAUCUUCCAAUAUGAUGUUUCCAACAGGUAACAUUUCAGAACUUUCCUAAA